AUGGGCAAAACAAUAAUUAUAUAUUGGAAAUUGGAACAAAAGUCCAUCCAAAGUCAUACGUAGUAGUAGAUUUUUUAAUUUCCUUUACUGGACGAAUACUUAAACAAGAAGUCUUUUUUCUGGACUGUAUGAGAAAGAAACAGGCAUGUUUUGGCUUCUACAGCCACAAAGGCAGUAAAUCACAAGACUCGUUCAGUGCACUGCUUUACCCGAUCAAAUCAAACAAAUGUCUUCCACGAUUGUCCACUCAACUUCAGUGGUUUGAGCUGGUCCUUCCUCUUUAAUUUAUUAUUAUGGCUUCCCUUCCCAUGUUCCAAUCGAAAGAUUUUUCUAAUUAACCAAUAAUUAGUAACUAGGUGGUUCCACUCAUUUAAAACCUCAACUGCGCUUCACACACUAGACAGAUAUACUCACGUCUCCCUCCCUCUCCAAUUAGCUUCACCAGCUACCAAGUGUUAUCAUUCUCGAAUCUAUCAUGAAUCAACCCAUAGUUUCUCUCACCAUAUCACUUCUUUUCCUCAUUUCCCAACUCUGCACAUCUAUUGACACUAUAACUCCAGCCCACCCUAUCAAAGACGGUGAAUUUUUAGUCUCUAGUGGCGAAGUCUUCCAACUAGGGUUCUUCAGCCCUGGAAAUUCCAAACUUCGCUACGUCGGAAUUUGGUAUUACAAAGUUCUAGAAAGAAGCGUCAUCUGGGUGGCAAACAGAGAUAAUCCUAUCAAUGAUUCCUCCGGCGUACUUGCAAUCGAUAAACGAGGUUCUCUCGUCCUCUAUGAGAAAAACCAAACUCUUCCUCUCUGGUCCACCAAUGUUUCUUCAUCAUCAACGAACAAUUCCGUGGCUCAGCUUCUGGAUUCAGGAAAUCUCGCUUUGGUUGAACGAGAUAGCAACGGUGCCGUGUUAUGGGAAAGCUUUGACUAUCCCACCGACACUUUACUUCCUUAUAUGAAGCUUGGACUGAACCGAAGAACUGGAAAGGAAUGGUUUCUUUCAUCUUGGAAAUCGAAAGAUGAUCCUGCAACUGGUAAUAUUUUCUACAGAAUUGAUCCCACUGGAUAUCCUCAGUUAUUUCUCUAUAAGGGUUUGGACCCGUUGUGGCGGGGCGGCCCAUGGACCGGGCAUAGAUGGAGCGGAGUACCCGAGAUGACACGUAAUUACAUCUUCAAUGUUAGUUUUGUGAACAAUAAUGAUGAGGUGUCAAUCAUGUAUGGUAUUACCAUUUCUAAUGCAUCAAUCUUCUCAAGAAUGAUGAUCAAUGAAUCAGGAAUCGUGCAACGGGCCACGUGGAAUGGUCGCGACCGUCGAUGGGUUACGUUUUGGUCCGAUCCCAAAGAAGAAUGCGAUAACUUUAGAGAAUGCGGGGCAAAUAGUAAUUGCGAUCCAUAUGAUUCUGAUAGCUUCAUAUGCAAGUGCUUACCCGGAUUCGAACCCAAAUCACCACGCGACUGGUAUUUGAGAGACGGGUCGGGCGGUUGUGUAAGGAAAGAUGGGGUGUCCACGUGUAAAAGCGGAGAAGGAUUCGUAAAGUUGGAACGGGUGAGGGUUCCUGAUACAAGAAUGGUACAUGCGAACAUGAGCAUGAACUUGAAAGCGUGUGAGCAAGAAUGCUUGAAGAAUUGUUCUUGCACGGCUUAUGCAAGUGCAGAUGAGACGGGGAUUGGAUGCUUGACAUGGUCUGGAGAUUUGGUUGAUACAAGAACUUACUCAAGUGUGGGACAGGACAUAUACGUGCGAGUGGAUGCAGCUGAAUUAGCUAAACAUAGCAAGUCUAAAGGCCCAGUUUCGAAGGAGGGACUGGAAGCAAUAAUUAUAGCUUCUGUUGCUUUAACAUUAUUUCUUGUACUCUACCUGGCUUACUGUUUGGUGAAAAGGAAAAGAAGAGCUAGCGACAUACGUAGCAAAUCUUUGUUUAGCUUCACCGCAAGUCCAACAUUCUUGGGAGAUUCUGAAAGUGGAAAGGGGAGUGAUGAAGGUGCAAUUUUAGAUUUACCACACUUUGAUUUGAGUGCCAUAGCUGCUGCUACAAAUAAUUUCUCAGAUUCUAACAAGCUUGGAGAAGGUGGUUUUGGCUCAGUCUAUAAGGGUACAUUACAUGGUGGAAAGGAAAUAGCAGUUAAAAGAUUGUCAAAGCAUUCUGGACAAGGGUCGAAUGAAUUCAAGAAUGAAGUUUCAUUAAUAGCAAAACUCCAACACAGGAAUCUUGUGAGAAUGCUAGGUUACUGUAUAAAAGACCGAGAAAAGAUGUUAAUCUACGAAUAUCUACCAAAUAAAAGCUUGGACUUUUACAUUUUUGAUGAAGAGAAAAGAUCAUUGUUAGAUUGGUCGACUCGCCACAAUAUUAUUUGUGGGAUUGCCAGAGGGAUUUUAUAUCUUCAUCAAGAUUCAAGAUUAAGAAUCAUUCAUAGAGAUCUCAAGGCUAGUAAUGUUCUGCUAGACGAAUCGAUGCAUCCAAAAAUUUCAGAUUUUGGCAUGGCUAGAAUAUUCGGAGUUGAUCAAAUUGAAGCGAAUACAAAUCGAGUCGUUGGAACAUAUGGUUAUAUGUCACCGGAAUACGCAAUGCAAGGCCUAUUUUCUGUAAAAUCCGAUGUUUAUAGUUUCGGGGUGCUACUAAUUGAGAUAGUCACUGGCAGAAAAAACAGCAGCUAUUAUGAAGAGGCUACUUCUUCAAAUUUGGUUGGAUAUGUUUGGGAGCUAUGGAAAGAUGGCAGGUCCUUGGAGAUAGUUGAUGUACAACUGGGUGAAUCGUAUCGUGAACAUGAAGUACUGAAAUGCAUCCAAAUUGGACUGUUAUGUGUCCAAGAAUCUGCAGUAGAUCGGCCAACCAUGUCCACUGUCGUUUUCAUGUUGAGCAAUGAUUCAAUUCUUCCAUCUCCAAAACAACCAGCAUUCAUUAUGAAGAGAAGUUACAACAGUGGAGACCCAUCAACCAGUGGAGGAGCUAAUUCUGUAAACGAACUCACCAUCACUAUGCUUGAAGCUCGCUAAACUCCUACCUCUAAGAUGUUCAUACACACAUUUUUUCCCAUCACUCAUAGUAGGUUUGAUCUCCACUUUAUUGAUGAAGAAUUCGACUGUUAAGGGUAAAUCACAGUAAGAAUUUCCAUAUAUGUAUAUAUAAUUUGUUCUACUAAGGGCAGCAAGUUUCUCUUUUUGAGCUUUGCUGCUCUUAUAUACCAAAAAAAAAAACCAAAGAGUAAGAAUAAUGAACGAUAAAAGGAAGAAAAAGAAUAUCGUUAGUCGUUA